AUGUCUGCCCAGGACUCUGCUCAGCUGGCUGCAGCUGAGCUCAAACCCAGACCGGAGCUCCCACCGAAACCGACGGCGGGAACGUCGUCCCUCCCGCAAGAGGAGGACGACAGGCCCGGGAGCCCCUCGGUCGUCAAUGUCAAGCUGAUGGUGAACAACUUCAGCAGACAUAGGGGUUUUCAGGACAAACCCCCGCGACAGCAGGUGAGGAAGCCUCCGUUUGUAAAACCCAAGCCUGAGACUGGCUGUAGCCAAUCCGAGCCACCUCCGCUGCCCAAGAAGAGGAGGGAUAAAUCUGGGCUCCAGCAGGCCCAGAGUACAGAAUCAGAGGACGGUAACCGCAUCCGCGCCGAAGAUGGUCGAUCAGACCCCGAUGGGAAAGAGGUGGAGACCGAGUCUGUACCCGGAAAAUCUGAAGAUGAGGACGUUCCGGAUGGGGCGUUCAGCUCCUGCCACGACAAGAGCUGCAGUUGCACGUGCCACCUCCAACGACCCGGUAUGAAGCUUGUCUGGGUGCCAUUGCGAGAAGAGGACGCCAGCGAGUGCGGAGAAGGCGCAGAUGUCUCAGAGGAAGAAGGCUCCGACUUGAUCCUGUCAAAGGAUGUCGAGAAUGCAGACGGGCAAGUGGAGGUAGAAGAGCAGGUGGACAAGGGGAGCGCUAAGGCUGAAGAUGAGUACUGUAGUAGUAUAAGAGAGGAAACGAAGCUAGAAAGGACAAAACUCCACCCCUCGUUGGAUAUCCCAUCCAACGACAGUCCCAGAAGACUAUCAGAUCCGGGACCUUGCUUUACCGUAUCUGAAACUCAGGGGUCCCCAGCUCCUCUCAAACAGAUACCAUGUCUGCCGGUCAACCACAAAGCCGCCCACGAAGAUAUCUAUGAGUCCAGAAUCCACACAGUAGAUCCCAGUCACAAUAAGAAAACCACUCAAGGAGCGGAACACUCUCAGGUCAAUGUGCCCAAAGCGGCUCGCAGGUCAAAGCCUCCAGAGAUCCCAAGGAAUCAGAGUUUGGAGUCGGUGAGCGACGAUGUGCCGCCUGCAAUCCCGCCCCGCAUGCCCUAUACUCAGGAGGCACGUAACCUCACGCCCAAUGCCGCCGGAGAAGACCGGGCCUCACCGCAGGCGAGUCCCCGGCCCCCGGCCAGAAGAUGCCCGCCGCUACCACCAAAAACAGAAUCCCUCACGGACAGCAAUCAAACUCCUGGAUAUAGAAAUGGCGGGAACAGUGAAGAUCCCAAGGAGGAUCCGACAGAAGAACUGUAUGAGACCAGCCCUGGAUUUUCCAAUAGCUGGAGGCUGCAAAACGAGCCUCUGUACCAGACGUAUCGGGAAACCGUUAUCACCAAAGAAAUCCGCCGGCAGACAGUUUCCCGGAACAUCAGCAAAACGCCCACCGACUACGGCCAAGAUCGAAAUGAAGGAACCUUGUGGCAGAACCUCCCUAAUGUCCGAGACAGUGGCGUUCUGGAGCGGCUCACCCCUGAACAGUGCAAGUAUCAGGAGAGUAUGUUCGAGGUCCUGACUUCAGAGACCUCCUACCUUCGGUCGCUUCACGUUCUAACAGAACACUUUCUGGAAAAUCGGGAGCUAGAUGGGACGCUGCUCCUCAUGGAGAAGACGCCGCUCUUUUCCAACAUUCUGAGAGUCCGCGAGGUUAGCGAGAGGUUCCUGAAGGACUUAGAGGACCGAGUGUUCGAGACCAUCGUGUUCUCGGAUAUCUGCGACAUCAUCCACUAUCACUCCCAGCACAACUUCCCAGCCUACAUCGACUACGUCCGCAACCAGAUCUACCAGGAAAAGACCUACACCAAGCUCAUGAAGAACAACACGCAGUUUGCCGCCAUCAUCAAUCGCCUCCAGGAGUCGCCUCAGUGCCAUCGGCUGCCGUUCAUGUCCUUCCUGUUGCUGCCGUUCCAGCGGAUCACGCGCAUCAAGAUGCUCAUUGAGAACAUUCUAAAGAGAACAAAAGAGAAAACCAAAGAAGAAGAGAUGGCGUCCAAGGCUUUGGCCUCUGUGUCCAAGAUCAUCGACGAGUGCAACACCGAGGUGGGGAAGAUGAGACAGAUGGAAGAGUUGAUCUCUCUCUCCAAAAUGUUUGCGUUUGACAAACUCAAGGCCAUCCCCAUCAUUUCCCAAACUCGAUUCCUGGAGAAGAAGGGAGAGCUCCAGGAAAUGGCCCGAGGAGGAACAGUCUUCAAUAUGAAAGUCAAGUUCAAUCCUAUCAACGUUUUUCUCUUCAACGACCUGCUCAUCAUUACUUCCAGCGCAGUCAAGAAGGGAUCGGAGCGUUUCGUGGUGCUGGAUUACGCCCACCGAUCCCUGGUUCAGGUUCAUCCACUGGAGGACCGGAACUGCGGUCCGUAUGAGAAUUGCUUCACCCUUAUUCUUCUGGAGAACCACAACGGGCGCAUGAUGGAACGCCUCAUCAAAGCCCCCUCCCAGCUGGAUAUGCACAGAUGGAUGGCGGCCUUCCCUAGCAAAGAGGAAGACGACGUGGUCUACGACGCUUGGGAUUGUCCUCAGGUGCAGUGCGUGCAGCAGUACGUGGCUCAGCAGGCCGAUGAGCUCAACCUGGAGCCCACUGAGAUAGUCAACGUCAUUCGGAAAACAAACGAAGGUUGGUGGGAGGGCAUCCGCCUAUCCGACGGCCAGAAGGGCUGGUUUCCCGUCAGCAACAUCAUCGAAAUCACCAACGAGCAUUUGAGGAGGCGCAACCUGAAGGAGCGUUACAGAGUCAUCCAGGCUGCCAGCCAGGUGACAAAUGCCAAGAAACUUUAA